CUAUGGUAAAGCAGAGCUACACUAGUAUGAGAUCAUAUUGAAUUAAUUAAAAAGGUUGUUUAAUUGUUUUAGGAAAAGAAAAGAAGAGAAAAGAAAAGAAAAGAAAUUUUGAGGGGCAAUAUAGUCAAUUCACAUUGAAUACCAGUGUCACAGGCAGAGCUCCACCACCUCACAUACACCAUAUAUCAAUCCUUCCGCCCUCACAAAUUCACAACUCUACCACGGAAUAUACCCCUCUCCGGUAAAACCUCAUAAACCUCUCUUUCUCUCUCUCCUCCAUUUUCUCUCUCAUCACUCCCCAAAUAUUCAGCGCAGGAAGGAAAGAAAUUUAAUGGCGGCUCAGUUACCGGACGAUUUUAAAUGCCCGAUUUCUCUGGAAAUAAUGUCCGACCCGGUUAUUCUCUCCUCCGGUCACACCUUCGAUCGCGCCUCGAUCCAACGGUGGCUAGACGCCGGCCACCGUACCUGUCCAAUUUCAAAACUUCCCAUACCGGAACCUCCUUCUCUAAUUCCCAACCACGCCCUGCGCAGUCUCAUUUCCAAUUAUGCCCUCGUCUCCUUCCCCAAACCCCAACCCUGCCCUCCCAACCCACAAACCCUAAUCCACCUCUUGCUCUCCCCUUCGUCCCAGCUGGGAGAUAGACUCAACUCGCUCGAUCAGCUCAGCCGCGUCUCCAAGCGCGACUCGGCGAUGCGGCGCAGACUCGCCGAGUCCGGGGCCGUCGCGGCGGUUCUGACCUGUAUUGACUCGGACGAACCGGGGGUCCAGGAGAAGGCCCUUCAUCUGCUCCUCAACUUGAGCCUGGAUGACGACAGCAAGGUGGGGCUGGUGGCGGAGGGAGUCGUCGGGAGGGUGGUUUAUGCCCUUCGGUACGGUGUGGAGGACUCACGCGCGGUGGCGGCCACUGUGUUGACCAGCCUCGCCGUGCUGGAAGUCAACAAGGUCACAAUCGGGUCGUACCCUGAUGCAAUCCCGGGUUUGGUUUCCCUUCUUCAGAUGGGAAACUCGAGGGAGAGGAAAGAAGCAGCCACCGCACUGUUCACUCUCUGCUCUUUCCCGGAUAACCGUGUUCGAGCAAUUCGGUAUGGGGCUGUGUCCAUUCUAAUCCAGAACGCGAAUUCGGGCCUCGAACGAGCUGUGGAGGUUUUGGGCCUGCUGGCGAAAUGUAAAGUGGCGCGUGACGAAAUGGUGAGGUUUAGAGGGUUCUUGGAUACGCUGAUAGGAAUCUCGAGGAACGGGAGUUCGAGGGGCGUUCAGUACGCUCUGUGACGUGAGUAUCUUUGUUGUUAUAGUGAAAAGAUGUGUUUGGGAGCUGUUAGAGAAGGAGUGUUCGAGACGUGUGUCGGGUUAUUGGAGGACGACAAUGAGAAAGUGAGGCGGAACGCGAAGAAUUUGAUUCAGGUAAUUCAAGAAAGGAGGGGAAAUGUGUGAUGAUUUAUUUAUGGUUAGCUGUGAAGAAAAUUUGCAUCUUGGAGGUAAGUAGUUAGUGUUUUUUUUUUUUUCUUUUUGUUGUAAUUUUCGUCGUUCUUGAAUAGAUCUUUGUAUAAAGAAAAGACAUUGAAAAUCUGGUUCUUUUAUUGUACAUUCUCAAUAAUCAUACGAAACAUACGGGCUAGGGCUGCGGCCUCUCCUGUUUUUUAUGUUACCUCAAAAUAGUCGAAAGCUUGUCUCGGAAGUCAUUCUUUUGUGGGACUGGUUGUAUUCGUAUUUGAUUUGUCAAUUAAUGCAUGUGCAUGUAUGUGA